UCUCACCAAAAGUGCCCCAUUGCAUUACUGGGAAACAGAGGUCUUGAGUUUCGCCCAAUAAAGUAUCUCCGUAUCUUGAAACUAUUUAAUUUUUGAGAAGGAAAUACAUAACAUUCUAACGGUUUGGCCAUUUAUCAGAGUGAAGGUGUACAAGUGAUGAUUACUAUUUAUAAGUGAUUAUUUCUAGAUUGCCCAACAAGAGAGCACUGAUGAUCCAGAUCCAUCUCAAGGAAGGAACCCCCUUCGUCUGGAAUGCAGAGGAUGCUCGGGAAAUCCGGGAACAGCAUAGACUGACAGGGUGUCUGGUGGGAGCACUAGCUCGGCAGCCACAGCAGAAUAUGCGCCUGGGGCUGCCACUGCAGUUGCUUCCUGAGGAGGCAAGGCUUCUCCUAGAAAUCAAGGCUGCUGUAUUGGUCAGGAGUAUGCCUGGAGGAGAACAGGAUGUUGGCAACAAGGAAAUGGAGAGUUACUCUUCUGACAGUGAUGAAGAUGGCUGUGAGAAGGAAAAGAGGGGAAAGGAAGAGAAGAUAUUACGGCCUGAAGUGGAGGCUUAUCAAAAUGAACUAGAUGAGAGUUACAAAGAGCAGCGCCGUCUUGCCAUUGAGAAUAAGAAAGAAUUUCUUCAGUCCCAUGUUAUGCAUAUGCCUACAGGCAAAAAGAAAUCCAAGCGAAGAAAGCAAUCAGAAAACGUUUCUAUCUGCACAUCAGAACAGCCUUCUUCAGAGGCUAACACUUCAAUUUUACAGGAACUUGAAAACCUAGAAUCACGUUUUAAUUUCCCACAAGAUACAAUGAUGGUGCAGAUCCCCACAGCGAGGAGAGGUGCAGGAAAGCUGGAGACAGUAGACUGGAACAUUCCGUCGGAUCACUGGCCAUAUCCUGGUCAGCAGAACCAUGAAACACGGUACCGGGUACUGAGGGACCUGUGGAACAAGGGCUACUACAUUUCAGCUGGCAACAAAUUUGGUGGAGAUUUUCUGGUCUACCCUGGUGACCCCUUAAGAUUCCAUGCCCACUACAUUGCUGUAUGCUGCCCUUACAAAAAGCGAAUUCCAGUGUAUAGCCUUAUUGCCAUGGGACGUUUAGGAACUAAUGUGAAGAAGACUCUUCUACUUUGUUCAGUCGACAGUAAUGGAGAUGUUACUUAUACAUCACUGCAGUGGACAGGAUUCCAGUGAUAUUGGAUAAAUGGUGUCACUAUUCUUGGACAAAGAAAAAAGUGCAUUUUGAAGUUUCCCAUAAGUUGAGUAAAUAUGGACUAAAAUAAAGCACUGGUCUUUCUGGUGUAAGAGUGCACAUAUUGAGAAUGAUGAAAUAGCUGUAACAUUUUCCUUAUUGUAGCAAAUAGUAUAUGUAGUAGCACAGUGAAACUACUAUUGCAUCUUCUUGCAGAUCAGGUAGCACCUUACCUGUAAUCAUGCAUUCAUCCUUUAGGACCCAUCCCCAGAGGACUUUAACGGACUGUAUUUUUGAGUCAUGUAGUAUAAUGAAAAUUAUUAUUUCUGCUACCAGUUUUGCAUGUUUGAAUCUCAGAAAGUAUUUUGUGUUAAAUGUUGGACAUUUAUUAAUUUGUUUUACUUCCUUUUACUGUAUUGUUUCUUUUUUUAGCUAUGAAAAAACGUGGUAUGUGCUGCCAGUGAAUUUCUGUCUAAUUGAUACAAAUCUGAAAACUAUGUUGUUGAACAGUGCAAUGCAUAUCGGGUACGUAACUGAGUUAAAGCUACUAAAAUGUAUUCACAGAAUAGUCCUAGAAUACAGCGCAAAGCUGCUCAAAAUUGACUGGCUAACUAGA